AUGGUCAACUCCCAGGCCAAGUGUUUUGAGUGCAUGCCAGCAGAGGCCUAUGAAGGGAUGACUGAUGAUGAAAUCCUGGAGACCUUCGACCAGCAGCUGAAGACAAUGGAGGAAAAGUGGACACAGCUGAUGGUGGAAGCAAAUGAAGAGAUGAUUGAAGAAGAAAUCCUGCAGAACCUUGACCAGCGGCUGAUGGCAAUGGAGGAGAUGUGGACACAGCUCACUGCAGAUGCAGAGGAUGAAGUAACGAACAAGGAAACCCUGCAGACCCUUGAUGAGUGCUUGGCAGCAAUGGAGGAGCACUUGAUUAUCUUGGAUACCUACAUCUGGAAACUGUGCCACUCUGACAGGGACUUAGAGCUUGAUGAGGUGGACUGUCUACAUAGAACAGCCACAAAGUCAAAAUCAACAAACAAGCGAAAGCAAAUGAGAGCAAGGGUUCAAAUCCCAGAAGUGUCAAAUAUUCUAGAAAAUGUUAAACUGGAAGAAAAGACAUCGAAGAAAAUACGGAUCCCAGCAACCCAGUAUGUCUUUUCCUGUUCCUUGUGUCUGUCUGCUCACAUAUGCAUUACAGAGAAAGCUCUGGCACUAUCCAAGGGCGAGAAGCCCAAGUCUAAGCCCAAGUCCAAGCUGGCCAAGGGCAAGAAGCAUGCUCGUGCAGAGGUGGAGGAUGAUACAGAUUCUGAUGAGAGACCUGCCCAACGGGCAUGUUUGGGCUUAGUGAAUGGAGAUGCCCAUAGAGUCAUAGGCCUUCUGUGUUGUGCUACACGUGUUAUGGCUGUGGAUGGACCUGCUGUGGAUCAGCCUAGCAGUUCUGCUCAGCCAUCUCAGUGCAGGGGAGACCCUACAGUGUAUGACACAGAGGAUGGUCAAUCCCUGUUGUCUGUACCUCUGGAUGCAUAUGAGUCUGAGCUGUCUGAGCCAGAAGAUGAAGAUGACAAGGAUGAGACACAGGAAGCUCCUGUCUUGUCUCCUGCAGCUCAGCCAUCUGGGAGUGUGAGCAUAAAAUCAUAUGUGGUUGCUCUUUUGCUGUUCACUGCAGCAAAGUUCCAGGCUGCAAACCUGAUGCUGCACAAUGUUGCCAGUGUCCUGCAGUCUGAGGAUUUGCUUCCCUAUAGACAUGGUACCAUCUACGUACCAACAACUAUUGAGCUCGUCAUCCACUGUAAAAUUUACAUGGGUCCACAGAAUUUCCAGUUUAUGAUCUGUGCCUGUGAUGGCUGUUGGGUGCAUGGUAGCUGA